AUGUCGCAUCUAAUCCACCAGCUCGGCCUCCCACGUACCCUCGGCUUUGCGGAUGUCUACAGCAUCUCGGAUCCAGAGCUUCUAGCCUUCAUUCCUCGCCCCUCACAAGCGCUCCUUCUCGUCUUCCCCGUUUCUGACACGUAUGAAAAGACCCGGGUUGCCGAAGAUGCUAAUAUUGAACCGUACGCUGCCUCUGGGCCGCAGGAACCUGUAAUAUGGUUCAAGCAGACAAUCCGGAAUGCAUGUGGUCUCAUCGGCCUACUUCAUGCUGUAUCUAACGGUGCCGCGAAAAAGGAAAUUGGCAAGGGCUCUGACCUGGACCGGCUGUUACUAGAGGCUGUCCCAUUAGCACCCCAAGAGAGAGCAGACUUGCUGUAUUCUAGCUCCGCCCUAGAGAGCGCACAUGCAGAUGCUGCAAAGAAAGGAGAUACGAGUGCUCCUAGUGCAGAAGAGAAGGUUGACUUACAUUUCGUGUGUUUCGUCAAAGGUGACGAUGGCCGGCUGUAUGAACUUGAUGGGAGGAGGAAAGGCCCCCUGUGCCGAGGAGAGUUGGCUGAAGAUGAGGACAUGUUGAGCGAGAAGGCGUUGGACAAGGGGGUAAGAAGAUUCUUGAAGACAGAGGAAGAUGCGGGACAGGGUGAUUUGAGGUUCAGCCUUGUUAGUCUAGGGCCAGUGUUUGAUUGA